GCUGAGCGAGUGGAGUGCCGGCCGGGGCUGCGGGCCGGGUCAGUUGGUUUGUUGUAAAAGUGACAGGCGCUCACCCAUGGGAGGGUGUGUGGGCACUCAGCAUGAUUCCUCAGGCAGUUUAAACGAGAAUUCAGACGGCACAGGGGGUGACAUAAUAUACAGAAGCAAAAUAGACAGCAAGGUAAUAAAAGAUGCCAUGACUAACCUUGCACAGUUUUGAAGUGGCCUGAAUUUGAUGAUCGGGGAGACAAUCACUCUGCUUACUUGUGUUCCACAUUAAGAUGGCAUAGAAAAGUAAUAUAAUCUGAUGGCUUUGGGUCGCAAUCAGCCCCUGAAGAAAGAAAAACCAAAAUGGAAGAGUGAUUACCCAAUGACAGAUGGACAAUUACGCAGUAAGAGAGAUGAAUUCUGGGACACCGCACCUGCUUUUGAAGGUCGGAAGGAGAUUUGGGAUGCCCUCAAGGCUGCAGCACAUGCUUUUGAAAGUAAUGAUCAUGAACUUGCCCAGGCAAUCAUUGAUGGUGCAAGUAUUACAUUACCACAUGGAGUCCUUACAGAAUGUUAUGAUGAGCUAGGAAAUAGAUAUCAACUUCCAGUCUACUGCCUUGCACCUCCAAUCAACAUGAUUGAAGAAAAAAGUGACUUAGAGACACUAGACAUCCCAGAACCACCACCUAAUUCUGGACAAGAAUGUCAGCUCCGGCUGCGUCUCUCCACAGGCAAAGACCUGAAGCUUAUUGUCCGCAGCACAGAUACAGUUUAUCAUAUGAAACGGCGUUUGCACACAACGGAGGGAGUAGAGCCCCCUAGCCAGAGAUGGUUCUUUUCUGGCCGACCACUGACAGAUAAAAUGAAAUUGGAAGAACUGAAAAUCCCCAAAGACUACGUGGUGCAGGUCAUCAUCAGCCAACCUCUGCAGACCCCUACACCUGUGGAAAACUGACUGGCCUUUUUUGAGUCCCUUUAUUAGGCUUUUACUCCUUUCUACACAAGAACAUUCAUUUAAUGUCACCUGUGUGGUCCCAUCUGUGAUGAGGACUUGCAGAAUGUGUUCCGAUAGAUCCAUUUAAGUGUAGAACACAGCAGUUUCUACCAAGAAAGCAACUCAGGAGAGGCUCCAGUUCAAUCAGAUCCUUCAGGGAUUUGUUUUUUUUUUACUGGAAGACUUUGUUUCAUGCAUAUCUGGCCUGAAUAGAUUCCUUUCAAUAAAGGGGCAGUGUUAUGUUCUAUGAAAAAAAAUUAAGUAAUAGAAGUGUGGCUACCAUUUUACACAUUAUUUAGUUGCAGUGCUGCAGUUUUCUGUUUUAAAUCAUACAUGGCUAUAUUUAAAUGGUACUUACUGUCAGUGUGUAAGACCAUAUACUAUCAUGGCAAUAGAAGAUUUUCCUUCAGGGAUAAUUUCAGUGAGACUGAAUCAGUUGAAGUUAUUCAGGUUUUUAAUCAUAGUUGGCAAAAUAACUAUUGUGUUACUUCCAACAUGCGCAAACUUGGGGAAUCAAAUUUCUGGCUUACUGGCAUAUUCAUUUAUUGAAAAAUUAGGAAUAUGCAGUAAUACACAAGUUUCCGCUCUAUUUUUCUUUUAUGAGAUAGCAGUCUUGACUCUGUGCUGAGUUAUCCGAUCUUGGGUGGGGGAUCAUUUUGAGUAUUAAAAUUAGCCUGGGUACCUUCAGGUAAAGAGGGAUAAAAGCCACAAUUCUCACUUUUGAUUGUCAUUCACUGAUUCCUUCUAGUAAGUGCACAUGUGGAUGUUUUUGAGACAUGAUUGGACAUGAUAGUGAUAUCCCAUAUGGUCAGAUAGUUUGUUGAUUAUCUUAUGAAGAAUUGGAUAAGAUACAAGAUAGUUGCCUGUGUCUGUAAAGCUGCAUUCCAGUACAAAUUGAUACAUUCACAAAAUAAGGAAGAAAAUUGGAUUUAAAAAGUUAUCAAUUAGCUAUAUAGAAAGUAAUUAGUUAUUUCUAUUUGACCAACUCAUCAACAGCCGUGAUACUUGUUAAUUGGUACUUUGUUUUGAAAGCUAGUUACUAUUUAGGACCAUAACUCUUUAAGCAUUGCAAAGACUUCAGCAUACAAUUCUAUGUAAAGGUACUGGCAGCUGAAGCCCUAACUUAUAUAUGCAAUAAUUUGGUUCUAUAUUACCAGGGCCAUCAAAUGAAUGUUGCAAAUCUUUACAAUGACAAUGUUGUAAGAAAGAAGAAAGAAUUGAAAACCAUGCUUUUUACUUUUUUGCAUCCUCUGAUGGAAAGCAAAGCUAUUCAGUAACAUCCAAUUUGUAAAAUCGAAGCUGCAACCCCCUUAAAAACAAUCUUUGGUUUUUAUUUGAUUUAAGGCUUUCCCUGGAGAGUAUGGUUUAGAGCAUUGGAUGACUAAUAUUUGCAUGAUUAAAAUUAUAGGGCUUACACUGCAAGAUCUAUCUGCCAUUGUUGGGAUAAAUAUUGAUGUUAAAUUGAAUUAAAUGCAGUUGCAAAAUAUUGUAAUUUUAAGCGAGGAAAUCUUGUUCUGAGUGGCGUUAUCAUUUGCAAAAUGGAGUGGUUCAUUGCAGUUGCUUUAUGGUUGCGCUGGAAUAUAUGGAAAUGGUCCAGGAGUUAGGAUAGAAAAUCAUGGGAGUGAAAUAAACCAAGCCACAAAGGGUCAGUCUUUCCAGAUUUGUGCUCCUGUUAUGGAGCAUCAUUCACCUGGUAGGUAUAUCAGGUAAACAUCUGUUGGAUCAGCUCGUUUUGAAUUUUGAAACCACAGAUUUGUCCCAAGCUGAGACAGCAAUGGGACUGUUUACAACUCUCUCUCUGGGGCACUGCAAAACAAUUGGCUCAUAUCUAUACAAGAGAGCCUGGUGGGUAAUGGAAGUUCUGUACCUUUUGUAUCCAUUUAUUACUUCCCAUAAACUCCAUAUUUUUGAUCAUGAAUUUGGUCUUUUACGAAUUGUUCAAGAGAUCUUUAUGUAGUGUGAUGUAAAAGGCUAAUUGAAACACAAAAAGUAUCAGAACAAUAUAAAUUCCAUGUAGAGCUUGUAGAUUAAUUUUCUAUAUAUAUAUAUAUACACACACACCAUCUUAAAUUAUAUUGGCCCGUAUUUUGCUGUUGUUGUGAGGCAGAUGGCUCUUGCCAUUAUUACUGGGUAAAACUGACAGCAACUUCUGGCAUACACAGAUGUGUCAUUAAAUGUGAGAAUGUGGAAGUUGAUACUGAUACCCUGCUCCUUGGCAGGAUGCACUGUUGAAGUCCUUUGCUGAUGAAGUUUGCAUGGUGAUCAUUGUAAUGGUGUGAACUAAGGCAAAUUACCUACUCUUCUCACAAUAUAGACAGGUGAAAAUUUAGGGGUUGUAGAAUCAUGAGUAACUGAGUUUUAACGGCAUAAUAAGUGAUAAUUACUGCUGCACCACCUUAUUGGCCCUGAAAGGUUAAUGUUACAAAUGGAGAGGAGUCUCAUUCUCUUGGAAGAAAAUUAAUGUUGCAGAUUUUAAAAAAAUUUUUAGUUAUUCUAUUUUUCUCUUUAAUAUCUUUCCCGUAAUCCUCGCAUGUAUGUCUAAAUAUUUAUUUGUCUUCCUGUAUAAAGUUUUGAAUGUAAUUUAUAUUUCCUGUAUUUUAUUUCCUGCUUUGCAGUCUGUGUUUCAGUAAGGAUUCAUUGGUCUGAUUGGUUGAAGAAACUUACUGGUGCUUGACCUACUAACAGAUGGCACAGAUCCCCUAAAAACUAGAAAAUUCCACUGACAAGUCAGCGAGAAGUCCCUAAGCAAAUGUAUGCAAGGCAUAUGGUGAAAGCCGUUCCUUCGCUGCUCACAGCAAAAUCUGAGCCCUGAACUGUUUUUGUCUCCUUUCAGCAUUAAGCUUGGUUGAUUGCCUUAAGUAAUUCUCCAGACCAGUAGAUGUUAAGUUUGUGACACUCUGAUCAGGUUAACUUUGUAUGAGCAAAUAACCUGUUAGUGGUUUUCACAUGCAGCCUGGUUAACCUCAACAAACCUCAGUCAGUCUGUUUGGAGAAAUAACUUUUCAACAUCAAAUAUUAAUUUCAUAAAAUUCUGAAAAUGAAGUUUUAUUGAAAACUGCAAGCAAAAUUGGAUUAAAUAUUUUUUGAAUUCAAAGAACAUCCCUUCAUUUUCAACAAUUAAUGUGCUUGAAUUAAAAACUAAUUUGUAUAUGUGUUCAUCAGAUCUGCGCCUGCACACUGAAAACAGAAAAGUGGAAACCUUUUUCACCAAAGUUUUUUUUUAAACUGAAAUGACUGAUAUGCUUUAAGAAAAACUCAAUCAUGGCAUCAAGAAACAGAAAAGCUUUUACUCCUAUUAUAAUGUAAAUUUCAAAUCGUUCAUUUUAUAAUUUGAUCUAUUUCAUGUCUGUUUCCUCAGUUUGAAAACCAAGCAGCCACUGAAUUGCUUACAUGGGAGCCUUAAGUACAAUACUGUGUCAGUAAGUGAAUUCUGUAACUCCACUGAAGCUUAAAAGGAAUGAUCAUUUGGAAUCAAUUUCAAACCAUGAACUUAUGUAUGUGAACAUAGGCCUGUAUUGUGCCUGAGGCAUGGAGUACUGUUUUAAUACCAAAAGCUUUAUAUUUAUUAUCUUUUGUAAGAAAAUUACAGAGAUACUACUUUGUGCAUUACUGUCCAAUGAAAAAGUCUCUUGAAAUGCUAUUAAUCUUUUGGCCUUCAUGUUAAACUUGGAGGUUAAUUUUAAUAGAUCUAUAAUUUAUAUCACAUUGGAAAGGAAUGUUGUCCAACAAAAGGCUGAUCAACACAGAGUUGGCCUUCAUUUAUGCAUUAUCUUUUAGCUAUUAGAAGCAUUAAACAUUCUGGAUAAACUAUUAUCUAUAUGCAGAGUGCAUUGAACAAAUGUAAACUCCUGUAUAAUACUGGAGGAUUGACUGGCAUGCCAUUAGCGACAGGUCAGAUAUUGUUUUCUAAGCCAAUUAUCUAAAAGAUUCAGUCUCCCGAAAAUUAUUCCCAAAAACAUUUGUGACAUCAUUUAAGAUUUUCUUUGCAGAAUUUAUUCCAUUAAUGUUUCAGCUAUUUAGGAUCAUGUAUUUGUUGAACAGGAGAGAACACAGCUGUUACCCCUUGAGAAUAAAGCACAACAUUUUACUGUUGUAUGUCAUAAUGUUUUUAAAUAUUGAAAUGUUUUAAGUAUGUCAUAAUAGUUCUGGGGCUUUUCAAUUGGUUUUUAUUGUAAAUGCAAAUUUGCAAAAGAAAAGUCUUAAUAAAAUGAGUUUUUAAUCAUGCUUUUAAACUGCCAUACUGCAGGCUAGCACUGUUCCCUCUUUAAGGAACAGUAGUUUUUUAUGUUUUGUAACUGUACAUUUAAAUUUUCACAGAUGAAGUUGGGACAGUGUCCACUGAUGCUUUAUACACUUUCCAAUACAGUUUGUGCUCUUAAUGUGCAGUGCACAGUUGUAAGAUCUAUACAUUGUAAUAAAUGAUUAUUUGUCAUAAAAGACCAAUGAAUGUUUGGUAAUGAAUGCUUUAUAUAAUGGAUGAAUAAAUAAACCAAAUUGUUGUAAUUUCACCCCAUCAAUCAGUUUUCUGAAUUGCAGUUAAACUCCUGUCCCAUUUAAUUAUUUGAUUAUCCUAAGGAGUGCUGUUAUAAUAAAAUGUUUUCCUUUAGGGAAAGAUCAAGAAAAAGGGUAACCCAUGAUAAUAAACUAUAACUUACCCUUCCA